AGUCGUCAAACGAAGACCUUCGGUUCAAACAGUACGUCGGGAUUUUAAUAAGCUGGGUGGUCUCUUUCCGGUCGGGCUCGACUCUUGCCGACUUCAUAGACAUUUCCUUACUAUUUUCUAGGCCACCGCGUGGGAGUGGUUUGCCACUGUCUUCCCCCGGGAUGCUUUCCGAUUUCCUAUACGACACUGCAGCCCUGGGAUUCCCUAGUGGUCUCCUAUCCACGCACUAACUAGUCCCGACCUGCGUAGCUUCAAAGGUACUUUUGCUGAAAGAGAGAGAAUACAAAAUGGCAGAAGCAGUUUUUCAUCCUCCAAGAAGGAAAAGGAAAGUAUACGAAUCGUAUGACUCUCCAUUCCCUAUUUCUCCCUCUGCAGAAGGCAGUCAUGGAGGACUUUAUAAAAUGUGCCAGGCUGAAUUUAUAAAUAACAAUGUAAUUGUGAAGAACCCUGAAGAUAUAGAACAGCUAUACAGCAAGGGAUUUUUUGGAAAAGGUAUUCUUUCAAGAAGUCGGCCAGAAUAUAGUAUUUCAGAUCCUGUGUUGGCUGCUAAGUGGAAAGAUGCUAAAUUAAACAUGCCAAUAGUCUCAUCAAAAAAGUACCAAUGUUGUGUUGGAUGGGCUAAAAAUCUUCUGUCAGAACAGGGAAUGGAUGACCCCACAAUCCACACAAUUAUUCAAAAUUACACUAAACAAAUUAAUCUAAGGAUAGAAACUGGACAAAGUAAUGAAUUUCAAGAUGAAGGAAUGCUUAAAAUGGAAGCCAAUAAAGAAGAGCCAGCGCUUUUAAUGACUUCAUCUGAAAUUAAUGGGAAUAACAUCAUGUGUUUCAAAGAUGAUUCACUUUGUGAUCCAUUAGUCAAAUAUGACUGUAGUGAAUCAGACAUAACAGACUCUAAAAUGGUAGCUAAAACUCAUUCAGCACAACAGUGUCCUCUUAAUAUGUGUGAUAGCUGCAGAGAAGAUGAUUAUAUUGAACCAGAAUCUCAUUGUUUUAUUAAUAAUGAAUAUGAGCAUGAGCUUGUAUUAAUACAAGAAGAAUCAGAUCUGUGUUCAGAAGAGGAAACAAGUGAGGAAUUGCAUUUAAUCAAAAAAGCAAAAUUAGUAUGCAGAAGAAAUCCGUUCAGGAUAUUUGAAUAUCUGCAACUCAGUCUAGAAGAGGCUUUUUUCUUGGCCUAUGCUCUGGGAUGUUUAAAUAUUUAUAGCAAUGAGGCACCUUUAUCUAUCCUGAAGCUAUGGGACCUUUUUAGCAAAGCACAACCCAAUUUUAAGGCUACAUACAUGGCUUAUCAUUAUUUCCGCGGUAAAGGAUGGGUCCCUAAAGUUGGCCUGAAAUACGGAACUGAUUUGUUGCUAUAUCGAAAAGGCCCUCCUUUUUACCAUGCCAGCUAUUCUGUGAUUGCCGAAUUAGUUAAUGAUGAUUUUGAUGGACCAUUGCACAGACCAUUCAGCUGGAAAUCUUUGUCUGGAUUGAACAGAACUACAGCAAAUGUUUCUAAGGAACUCAUGUUCUGCUAUUUGAUUAAGCCAUCUGAUAUGAAUGAAAAAGAAAUGCUUUCACCCGAAUGUCUCAAAAGAAUGAAAGUUCAGGUAUGUAUGUCUCCUCCCAAUUUAACGUUUUGUCAGGUACAAGCAUUGAAUUAUUAUUUAUUUACUGCUAUAAACCUACGAGUAUAAUACAUGGCUUCUGGAAUUUAGAACACAUACACAAUAUCUGGAUUUGCAAUACAAUUAAAUUUAUCUUAGUAUAUCAGAAUUAUCUGAGUCAUUUAUGCACUGUCAGUUCCCUGAAGCCAAAUAUAUAUAUAUUAGAAGAGAUUGAAAUGCAGCUACACCUUUGUUUGAAUAACAGUUUCAUUUCUUCCUAAGAAAUAGGAAUGAUGGAGGAUCCAAGUACAUUAAACUAAUUUGUCCAGCAAUAAGUUAGAUAGUCCUUGUUUAGUGACUACCUUGUUUAGCAACCUUUGCAGUUAUGGAGAUGAAAAAGUAACUUUGCGACCAAUCCUCGCAUUUAUGACCUUUGCAGUUCUGUAAAAGCGAAGGAAGGCUGAAGUAAGAUCAUAAGCAUAGACACGGUUAUGUGUCUUAGCAACCACUUUGCUUAACGACUGAGUUGCUGGUCCCAGUUGUGAAGCACUGCUAAUAGCAAGGCAGCAGGAGACAACGGUAUCCCAGAUGAACUGUUUAAAAUCUUGCAAGAUGAUGCUGUCAAGGUGAUG